CUCCAGAGUUUCAGCAGAGUGCGCAUGCGCAUUGAGGAUUUAGCRUUAUGGCGUCGUCACUGGAGAACAUAGGAUGAAUUGAGGCGAUUUAAAUGCAUUAAAAGCGCAAACACCGCCGGAACAUGCACAGUGAGAAGAAGAUAACCAAGGAAGACACAUGGAGAACUGCUGACUUGAGAAGACACAUCAGACAGGGAAGCACCUAUGAGGAUGGCUAUCUGAGAAGGAGAGAUGUCAGUGAGAGGAAGCACCGGGGUGGGGAAUCCACAGAGAGACGUUACAGAGACUCUGAAGAGUCCAGACGAGACCGAGACGCACUCAGAGAAAGGGAGAGCACAAGAGAAAGAAAAGAUGGAGACAAAUAUAUGGAGCGAAGGAAAGAGAGCUCUCAAGACAGGAGAGGRGACAGAGACAGRAGAGAUGACAAAGAGAGGASAAGACARGUGGAYGAUAGAGAAAACAGGGAAAAAAGACCAGAUAGAAAGGRAAAGUAUGAUAGGGAGAGGCACAGAGAUAAGGAGAAAGAGAGGGUAAGGGACAGGGAGAGACACACUGAUGAGGACAGGGAUAAACAGAGAGAAAACAGGGACAAGGAAAAAAGGAGAGAAGARAAGGACAAAGACCACAGGAGUGAGAGAAGACGGCAUGAGGAAAGUCGAAGAGAAAGAAGAGGUGAGUCAGAAAACCAGCUCACAGAGCCCAGGGAUCAACGACACAGAGACAAAUACGAAGACAAGCGAAAGGACAAAGAACACCAAGAAAGACACGGAGGAGACAGAAAUCACUCAGAGCGGAAAGAAGGAAGAGAGUACAGAGAAGAACAUAGACGGCACAGAGAGGAAAGAGACAGGAGACACAAAGACAGAGGACAUCAUGAUGAGAAACGGAGGCACGACAGUGAUCCCAGGAAGCAUCUGGAGAUGAAACCGUCUGAUGAAAACGUCAAGCACGCACGUGGCGAAACGGACAAAAACAAAGAAAGACGGAAAACAGAGGAAGAACAUGCAGAUCGGAGAAACAAAGAGAGAAAGCGCAGAGAAGAGGACGACUUGGAAAGAAAUCACCAGGAAAGGAUCAGCUCUACAACGCUGUCAUCAGAGGAAAGUCGCAGACAUGAGAAAAAGGAGGAGACAAAGGUUGAUAAUGAUGAAGACUUGGCAGAGCACGAAUAUGAAGAUGAUUUUGAGAAAGCGGAUUAUGAGGACGAUUUCGACGAGGUGGAAGAGAGUGAGGAUGAGAAGGACGCGGUCAUGGUUGAUGAUGAGGGGGAACUCACAGCACAACAGAGGAAGGAGAUCGAGUUGAUUCAGAGAGCCAUGGCUGAAGAGAAUGAGAGCGCCCUAACAGCUCAGCCGAGACAAAGUAUGAGCAGAGAGGAGGAAGAUGGGUCCAAAUGGUCUAAAGACUCAGAAAAGAAUCAGCUUAAAGCCUCCCAAAGUGGAAAAUUCAUCAACUUUGUGGCUGCGAAGCAACGUGAAGUCAGCAAGAAAGUCGCCACGAAGCAGAAGAAACGAAGCUCGGAGCUGCUUCGCUUAAUAGAGCUGGAUUUCUCCACGACUUUCUCCCUCUUGGAUUUACCCCCUGUCAGUGAAUAUGAAAUGUACAUCAAGAACUUUGGAAAUGCAAACACCAAACAGGCGUACGUUCAGUGCAACGAGGACAACACAGACCGAGACAUUCAGACUGAAGACAUAGACAUGUGUGAAAAAUGGACACAGCAUCCCCCAGAGCACMAUGGAGCCUGCGGGGAUCCAAACGUCUCUCAGGAAGCACUAGACGAGAGCAGAACGGAACUCAACUUUGAUUCGCAGCGGCUGACAUCGUUUCUGCGCUCAGCCUCACAGGUCAUGUUGGUGCUGUUGGAAGAGGAUCAAGCAGAAAGAAAAUCCCUAAGAGAGCUGAAGCCCCAAACAGAAUCGCUUUCAUUCAGUGAUGGAAGUUUACAGCUCAACACUAAGUUGCCUUUUCUCUUAGGUCGAMGAAUCAGCCUGGUGCACUUCUCUCAGGUUCAGAGGCACACCAUGCUGUCUGUGCAUUUGCCCACAACCAAAGCGAGCGCAGUUCGGCUUGACGGCASCACCGUCAUCUGUGUUUGGAACAUCUGGGAACCGUCCACACCUCAGAAGAUACUCCUUUAUGAAUCUGAGGUGCUGUGUUGCUGUUUCAGCCCAAGAAAGUCCACUCUAGUGUUUGGAGGCACAUCUGUYGGUUCUGUGGUGCUGUGGGACCUGAGGGAACAAACCAGCAACCAUUACAGCUUAAAGAUUGGAGAGAAUGAGUGGACCUUCAGACAGCCCACGUUCUCCACUGAUGCAGUGAUGGCCGGCUCAGGCCAUUUCUCAUCUGUGACCUCUGUGGAAGUCGUCUCCUCCACUGCAGCAGGAGGGCUGAGUUCAGAGGUCCCGCUUUUAGCAUCUGAGGAAGAGACAUCAGGGUUUUCGUUCCAGCUGGCUUCUCUGGAUGAAAGCGGGGUGUUAAACUUCUGGGUGGUGUUGGAACUUCCCAGAGGAAAUGAGGCCGGCUCGCCAACAGAUCUAGGUCUUCGUCCCGGAGGCAAAGUAAAACUGCUUCACAGCUCCUCCCUCCUCACUGCUGACAGGAUAAGAGAUGCAGCAAAAACAGGACCGAUACAGACCAUGCUUUUAAAAUUCCUCCCRACGGACUCCAAUCACUUCUUYAUUGGCACCAAUUUGGGUCUGGUCAGUCAUGGAACGAGUCACGGUCUGAAGGCUGCACCAAAAUCUUACAGGUUUCAGGACRUGGAGGAGCGAGCUGUUGACGUCAGCUCUAUCAGCUUUUCUCCUUUCAGACCACACUUGUUCUUGGUGGGCUGUGGAGAUGGCAGCAUCCGGCUGCAUGCAGUCAGCCAGGAUCGGCCUGUAGCAGAGUGGAGGACCUCCACAGCUGGAGAACCUGUGGUCUCCCUGCAGUGGGCWCACACCAGGCCGACUGUGUUCUGCGUGCUCGACGCCGCUUCAAACCUUUACAUAUGGGACCUGUUGAAAAGCGAUGCUCAGCCUGUGGUAACUGAGAAACUCCAUGCUGACAGGGUGACAGCUGUGUCUGUGUUCGGAGACUCGGGACAACAAAACACAUAUUCUGGAGUAGCCCUGGCUCAAGAGUCAGGAAAACUAGAAUUGCAUUAUUUCACAAGACAUUUUUCUGUCUCCAGCUCAGCAGAAGUAGGGAUGCUGGAGGAUUUAUUGACUGAAGCCUUUUGAACACUACAUUUUGUAUGAYUGAAUAUACUCUGGUGAUAAUUGUGUCACUGCAACAGUUUUAUUGUAUUUUUACACUCUGGCAAAACAAAACCCAGUUUUUUAGCCGUCACUUUGUAUUCUCUGUUAUAAUUAAAGAAGAUAUUUUUUGUUUGUUUAUUCUUUCUUAAAUAAUAUUCUCACAUGUGGCAAGAAAAUUACCAUUAUUAAAAUGUAAAAUUAUUACAAACCAAAGAUCUUCUGCAAUGUUACAUACAUUUAUUGCACUAUGGGUAUGCACUUUUCAUUAAAAUAUAGAUGAAAUGUUUUCGUUUUUGAAACAUUUUUUGUAAGGGAAAAAUAAACUGAGYAUGUCUGAUGAACAGGUCAUURAAGAAAUUCUUAUAGACAUUUUUAAGGACAGUAUGCAUAACCACAACUACAGCCAAGACAGURUAAAUACUGAGGUAACAGUAUGGAAUACUUUUACCACAUAAAAAAGAAAAUAGAUACCAAAUUUA